AUGUCUGAUUCUGAACAAUCCGUUAAAGUUCUAAAUGAACUUUUCGAAAAAUUGUCUGUUGCUACUCCAGAAACAAGAGGUGAAGUCUCCGUUGAGGUUUCUUCCUUCUUAAACGGUGGUAUCAUUGAACACGAUAUUCCAGAACAAUUCUUUGCUCAAUUGAACAAAGCUUUGAAAGAUAAGAAGGUUGCUGCCAACGCUUUAUCUGCUAUCGCCCAUAUUGCUAGCGAAGCUAACUUGUCUCCAUCUGUUGAACCAUACAUUGUUGCUACUGUUCCAGAAAUCUGUGCCAAGUGUGGUGACAAAGAUAAGGACGUCCAGGCUUUGGCUUCCGAUGCUUUGGUUGCCGUUGUCAAGGCCAUCAACCCAGUUGCUGUCAAGGUCUUGUUACCUCACUUAACCAACGCUUUGUCUUCCACCAACAAAUGGCAAGAAAAGAUCUCUAUUUUGGCUGCCAUUUCUGCUUUGGUCGACACUGCUAAGACCCAAGUUGCUUUAAGAAUGCCUGAGUUAAUCCCAGUCUUGUCUGAAGCCAUGUGGGACACCAAGAAGGAAGUCAAGGACGCUGCUACUGCCACCAUCGCCAAGGCUACCGAAACCGUCGAAAACAAGGAUAUCGAAAAGUUUAUUCCAAAGUUGAUCGCCUGUAUCGCUGAUCCAAAUCAAGUUACAGAAACUGUCCAUUUGUUAGGUGCUACUACUUUCGUUGCCGAAGUUACUCCAGCUACUUUAUCCGUUAUGGUUCCAUUAUUAGCCAGAGGUUUAGCUGAAAGAGAAACCUCCAUCAAGCGUAAAGCUGCUGUCAUUAUCGAUAACAUGUGUAAGUUAGUCGAAGACCCACAAGUUGUCGCUCCUUUCUUAGGUAAAUUAUUACCAGGUUUGAAGAAUAACUUCGCUACCAUUGCUGAUCCAGAAGCUAGAGAAGUUACUUUAAGAGGUCUAAAGACUUUAAGAAGAGUCGGUAACGUCGGUGAAAACGAUGAAUUACCAGAAGUUUCUCACGCUGGUGAUGUCAAGACUACUUCCGCUGUCUUAAGAAACUUAUUGAAGGACGUCAAGAUUGCUCCAAGAUUCGAAAUUGUUGUCGAAUACGUUGCUGCUAUGGGUGCUGAUUUAAUUGAUGAAAGAGUUAUUGACCAACAAGCUUGGUUCGUUAACAUCUUACAAUACAUGACUAUUUUCUUACACGAAAGAGAAGCCAAGGACAUCUUAGAUGACUUCAGAAAAUUAGCUGUUGACAACAUCCCAGUUGGUCCAAACUUCGACGAAGAAGAAGAUGAAGGUGAAGAUUUAUGUAACUGUGAGUUCUCCCUAGCUUACGGUGCUAAGAUCUUAUUAAACAAGACUCAAUUAAGAUUAAAGAGAGGUGUUAGAUACGGUUUAUGUGGUCCAAAUGGUGCUGGUAAAUCUACUCUAAUGAGAGCUAUUGCUAACGGUCAAGUUGACGGUUUCCCAACUCAAGAAGAAUGUAGAACCGUUUACGUUGAACACGAUAUCGAUGGUACUCACGCUGACACUUCCGUCGUUGACUUCGUCUUCGAAGGUAAUGUCGGUACCAAGGAAGUUAUUGUAGCUAAAUUAAUUGAAUUCGGUUUCACCGAUGAAAUGAUUAACAUGCCAAUUUCCGCUCUAUCCGGUGGUUGGAAGAUGAAGUUAGCUUUAGCUAGAGCCGUCUUAAAGAACGCUGAUAUCUUAUUAUUAGAUGAACCAACUAACCAUUUAGAUACUGUUAACGUCGCUUGGUUAGAAAACUACUUAAACACUUGUGGUAUCACAUCUAUUAACAUUUCCCAUGACUCAGGUUUCUUAGACAACGUUUGUCAAUACAUUAUCAACUACGAAGGUUUGAAAUUAAGAAAAUACAGAGGUAACAUGACUGAAUUCGUUAAGAAGUGCCCAACUGCUCAAGCUUACUUCGAAUUGGCCGCUUCUGACUUGGAAUUCAGAUUCCCAGAACCAGGUUACUUAGAAGGUGUCAAGACUAAGCAAAAGGCUAUUGUCAAGGUCUCCAACAUGACUUUCCAAUACCCAGGUACUUCCAAGCCACAAAUCUCUGACAUUUCUUUCCAAUGUUCCUUAUCUUCCAGAAUUGCCGUCAUUGGUCCAAAUGGUGCUGGUAAGUCCACUUUGAUUAACGUCUUAACUGGUGAAUUAUUGCCAACUGAAGGUGAAGUCUACACUCACGAAAAUUGUAGAAUUGCCUACAUUAAGCAACAUGCUUUCGCUCAUAUCGAAUCCCAUUUAGACAAAACUCCAUCUGAAUAUAUCCAAUGGAGAUUCCAAACCGGUGAAGAUAGAGAAACCAUGGACAGAGCUAACAGACAGAUCAACGAAAGUGAUGCUGAAGCUAUGAACAAGAUCUUCAAGAUUGAGGGUACUCCAAGAAGAAUUCAAGAAAUUCUAUCGAGAAGAAAGUUCAAGAACACUUACGAAUAUGAAUGUUCUUUCUACUUAGGUGAAAACAUAGGUAUGAAAUCCGAAAGAUGGGUUCCAAUGAUGUCUGUUGACAACGCUUGGAUUCCAAGAGGUGAAUUAGUCGAAUCUCAUUCUAAGAUGGUUGCUGAAGUUGAUAUGAAGGAAGCUUUAGCUUCUGGUCAAUUCCGUCCAUUAACCAGAAAGGAAAUUGAAGAACAUUGUGCCAUGUUAGGUCUAGAUGCUGAAUUAGUUUCCCAUUCCAGAAUCAGAGGUUUAUCUGGUGGUCAAAAAGUUAAGUUAGUCUUAGCUGCUGGUACUUGGCAAAGACCUCAUUUAAUUGUCUUAGAUGAACCAACUAACUAUCUAGACAGAGAUUCCUUAGGUGCUUUAUCCAAGGCUUUGAAGGCUUUCGAAGGUGGUGUUAUUAUCAUUACUCACUCUGCUGAAUUCACCAAGGAUUUAACUGAAGAAGUCUGGGCCGUCAAGGACGGUAUCAUGACUCCAUCUGGUCAUAACUGGGUUACCGGUCAAGGUGCUGGUCCAAGAAUCGAAAAGAAGGAUGACGAAGGUGACAAAUUCGAUGCUAUGGGUAACAAGAUCGCUAGUGCCAAGAAGAAGAGUAAGUUAUCUUCUGCUGAAUUAAGAAAGAAGAAGAAGGAAAGAAUGAAGAAGAAGAAGGAAUUAGGUGAUGCUUACGUUUCAUCCGAUGAAGAUUUCUAA